UAUAACGACUCGCUACAUGUAAGCAUGGCCGUGCCAAAAAUUUUCGAAUCUAAAAGUGUACCCUGCUACCUACACAUUUAUUAGGUGAGAUACGGUUACCUGAUCAAGUAACAUGUUUACAUAACAAGGGACGCAAUGCAGACUUAUAUGGGGUAUUUAAAUGAAAUACUUCCUGGUUAACAUGUUUUUCGUGGAAAUGAAUUUUAAGGACACGUACUGUUUAGCAUUAAAAGUGGAUUAUUUUAGAAAUAUCGGAUAAAAUAUAUGUUUACUUGUAUCGAGGAUGUAAUCUAUAAAACGACACUGGUGAUAAAGCAAAACUAGACUAACGAUUUAAUGAAGAAAUACAUUCGCAGUGUGCCUUGUGGGUCGUCUAUUUUAAACGGAUUAUUUAGCGGAAUGUAAUAAAUCUACACAUAUGGACGUCAAUCUACAAUCAAAAUUAAUUAAGGUUACAUAUAAUAUACCAUAAGCUGCUUCGACAAAUUACAACUCAGACGUUAUUGAUUUUAGUGAAAUAUGUCAAACAACUAUUGCGAAUGUUGUUGUUCAUCUGCGGAAGAUACAGAGACGUAACCCAAGGUUGUAAUAAAGAUGAAAGACAAGCCAUUACCCAACAGCCGAAGAAAUACACCAACGGGACAAAUGAGCCCAGACAGCAGGGAAUGUGUGAUCUUAGAAGGGGUGAUACUGAUAUAUUAACUCAGCAGCAGUUACAAGAUCUUCAAUCGAGAUUAAAACAACAAGAAGAAAGAUAUAAAAAAGAAAUAGACAAGCGUGAUUUAGACAUGAACGAACUUAAAAAGGAAAUCGACAGCCUUAAAAGUAAAAAUAAUGAGCUUCUUACAAGAUUAAGUGCAACAGCAAGCGCCAAACUUACUGACGACAAUCCAAACAUAGCAGAUCUGAGCGACAUGAACCGUCCAACAAAGUUAUCAGAGCAAUUUUCAGAGUUACAUGAUAAUGAGUGGACCGAUGCAAUUGGUGCACUUACGAAAACAGAGAAAGGAAACAAACCGGAAGGAGAGGCAUGCAAGCUCCUGCUUGAUGUACUGACGACAAUCUAUUCAGCAUGUUAUAAAAAGUCAAAGGAAAGUCUGCAGGAAUUGACAAAAGUGCUCUCAUCUUUUAACGGGGUUGAAGUUCCUUCAAAAGUAGUUCUGAAGGCAUUGAAAGACGACAGAAAAAAGAAUUACAGCUAUACGAUCAAUAAAGUUAGUGAGGAGGUAAAACCUUCGUUACAAGGCAUAAUCACAGAGAAAGAUUCAUGUUUCAUCACAAAUUACAUUGACAAAUGCAUAACAUUGUGUUGGCUUAUGGCCAUUCAGGAUCCUCCCGUGUAUAUAGAUGUCGAGACGCAGCGGCAUGAUGCAGGACUAGAUACAGAUAGAUACAAACAUUAUACCCAGUCUGGAACAGCCAUCGAUUACAUAGUUUGGCCUGUAUUAUAUCUACAUGAAGGAGGAAAUCUACUGAGCAAAGGUAUUGCGCAGGGAAAGAAGAGUGAUCCUGAUUUUGAUGCAAAUACUGAUCCAGGAACAGAUACCACUGAUACACAUUUUUGAAACUCUUGUAGGCAAUUUACGAAUCGCAAAGCGUACACCAGUAUGCAUACUGAUGGUAUCCAUCAGAACAUGUGGACGCAUAUCAAUAUCGAAACAGGAUAAACAUAUAGUCAAAUACACAUGCUGACUUUUAGAGUUGGCUUGUAUUAUAACUGUAUGAGGGAGAAAGCAUAGUGAACAUUGGGAUUUAGAAGGAAAGGUCUAAAUAUGCAAUAUAUAAUAUGUUCACAUAUCUACUCUGAAAAUCUGAUAAGUAGAUAUGGUAUAUUCACUGUUUUUUUUAUAUUUUAUAAGCAUUUUGUCCAAACGCAUCAUUAUACAGCAUCAUUUAAGUCAGUUCUGCACAUCUGAUUAGCCGGAAGUGACGAAGAACUGUCAUUUGCUCGAAGACCUAAAAUAAUGUCUGGUAGCUAUUAUAAAGAUAGCUUGUUAGUAGCAUCAAGUGUAUAUAGUGUUAAAAGUCAGCACUUCUGUCUUUCAUAAGUUUUCUUUUGACAAUAGACUGGUUUGGAUGUAAAUUAAUUAAAAACGAUUACAUACAAUUAAUGUAAGGACUCAAAUUGAUAUUUGGCGAAAUAUGAAAUAAAGCAUAAGGUUCUACACAGUUUAUGCCAUAUAACUGAAAAUAAGUAAACUUACAAUUAGGAAAAUAUCUACAUUGUCUUUUAUUUUUUUUGUUCGCGAAAAUGUCUUCAAAUGUGGGAUCUUCCCGUAAAUGUCCAUUGUGAAAAGUGAUCGAAUAUUUUCAUAUCGAUAUAUCAUAGAGGUCACUGAUAAGGUUAUUAUGCAAAAGCUAAAACAGUUAUUGUGUUUUUCAAAAGACGUUUCUUUAUAGCCUUUGACGAUACUCUAUCAAAUUGCAUUUUUAUGCCCCCACUUUUUUUGUGUGUGUGGGGGGGGGGGGGCAUAUAGAUUUGCCCUUGUUGGUCCGUCCGUCCUUCCGAUAAUGUUGUGUCGCGCGUAGCUCCAAAAGUAUUUGACACAGAGUCACAAAACUUUACAGGAAUGUUGGUCAGCAUGUGUAGUUGUGCACCUGGGGUUUCGCGUCCGGAUUCAUUCAGUCGUGUAGGAGUUAUGGCCCCUGACUGUAAAAAUUUGUCAUUUUAAUGUUGUGUCGCGCCCAGCUCCAAAAGUAUUUGACCUAGAGUCACAAAACUUUACAGGAAUGUUGGUCAGCAUGUGUAGUUGUGCACCUGGGGUUUUGCGUCUGGAUUCAUUCAGUUGUGUAGUAGUUAUGGCCCCUGACUUAGUAAAAAAAUGAUCAUUUUAAUGUUGUGUCACACGUAGCUCCAAAAGUAUUUGACCUAGAGUUACCAAAGUUUACAGGAUUGUUGGUCAGCAUGUGCAGUUGUGCACCUAGGGUUUCGCAUCUGGAUUCUUCAGUCAUGUAGGAGUUAUGGCCCCUGACUUAGUUAAAAAUUGGUCAUUUUAAUGUUGUGUCGCAAUUAGCUCCAAAAGUAUUUGACCUAGAGUCACCAAAGUUUACAGGAAUGUUGGUCAGCGUGUGCAGUUGUGCACCUGGGGUUUCGCGUCCGGAUUCAUUCAGUCUUGUAGGAGUUAUGGCCCCUAACUUAGUUAAAAAUUGGUUAUUUUAAUGUUGUGCGUCGCAUAGCUCUAAAAGUAUUUGACCUAGAGUCACCUAAGUUUAAAGGAAUGUUGGUCAGCAUUUGCGAUUGUGCACCUGGGGUUUCGCGUCCGGAUUCAUUCAGUAUUGUACGAGUUAUGGCCCCUGACCUAGGAAAAAAUGUGUGUCCUUUGUCAUGUAGUGGGGCAUCUGUGUCCCAUGGACACAUUUCUAGUUUAAAUUUAUGACCAUCUGAUAUGAACUAAUCAUAUCAGACAUAAUCAACAUUGAGCGAAUAAGGUCUUGUUACAGUACCGGUAUGCAUAUAGUUUUUAAAGGUAUGUCUGUAUGUAACAUAUUUUGUUAUUUUCUUCUCAGAGUUGCUAAUAGUAGUGUAACUGAAAUAACCCGGAAUGUGUUUAAUCUAGUCAUGUAUUUACUACUACUUACAUUGGAUAUUUAUGCUUCUUAUGUUUUAUAUUUGAACUGCUUGUUUCUAAUCAAAUUUGUCAUUACAUUUGUCUUACAAACAGGUGAAAAUACUACUAUACAGCUUUAAUUCAAAUCUCACAAAACAUUUGACUGAUUAAGAGAGCAUGCGACCCGAACUUAAACUAGGGCCAGGUAUACGACGGAUGCCGUUGAUAAUCAUUUAUUAACCACUGAUGAAAUGAAAGUGUGUCUAAAUGUUACUUUCAUUUAAUUUUGGACAUUAUUAGAGUUAAAGAUAAAAAAAGCAUUGAUAGAAUUAGAAGAAAAUGUCAAUAAAUUCAUCGUUUCUUGGUGCGGGUGUUUAUGUUGGCCUUAUUUUCAUAGUUUGAUAAUUUUAUAGCUUUUCACCAGAAACUCAAAAAAAUGUUGUGAAAAUUUUGUUGUGGACAUUCAAAACAAAACAGUGCUCUUGAGAGGUAAACUUUAUUUAUUUUUUGCACUAUAUACUUACAUUAACAAAGCUCUUUGGCAUUCUGCCAGUAGUAUAUAACUUACAUUAUAAUGGAUUUACAAUAAAUCGAAAUCAUA